AUGCCGGAUGGCUCAGAAGAGAGCGAACUUGAGGGAGGGGUUUCAGUAGAGGUAGUGCUAAAAGUUAAGCUUAUGUCGGAAAGAGAAGCUGAGCCUGUGUCGGAAACAGAAGUUGAGCCUGUAUUAGGGAUAGAACUAGUGGUUAAAAUAGAGCUGGUGCUAGAGACAGAGCCCGUGGUGGAAGAAUCCGUGCUAGAGGUAGAGCCUAUACUAGAGAUCGAGCCCGUACUAGUGAAAGAAUUUGUUGUAGAAGAGUCUGUACUAGAGAUAGAUUCCGUGGUGGAAGAGCCUAUGCUAGAAAUAGAGUCCGUUGUGGAAAUAGAUCCCGUGGUAGAAGAGCCUAUGCUAGAAAUAGAGCCCGUACUAGAGAUAGAGUCCGUUGUGGAAAUAGAUCCCGUGGUAGAAGAGCCUAUGCUAGAAAUAGAGCCCGUACUAGAGAUAGAGUCCGUUGUGGAAAUAGAGCCCGUAGUGGAAGAAUCCGUGCCAGAGAUAGAGCCCGUACUAGUGAUAGAAUUUGUUGUAGAAGAGUCUGUACUAGAAAUAGAUCCCGUGGUGGAAGAGCCUAUGCUAGAAAUAGAGCCCGUACUAAGGAUAGAUCCCGUAGUGGAAGAAUCCGUGCUAGAGAUAGAGCCUAUACUAGAGAUCGAGCCCGUACUAGAGAUAGAUCCUAUGGUGGAAGAUCCUGUAGUAGAAGAGCCCGUACUGGAGAUAGAGUCCGUUGUGGAAGAGUCUGCACUAGAGAUAGAUCCCGUGGCGGAAGAUCCUAUACUAGAGAUAGCUCCCGUAGUUGAAGAUCCCGUGGCGGAAGAAUCCGUGCUAGAGAUAGAGUCUGUGGCAGAAGAGCCUAUGCUAGAAAUAGAGCCCGUGGUGGAAGAUCCCGUGGUGGAAGAAUCCGUGCUAGAGAUAGAGUCUGUGGUAGAAGAGCCUAUGCUAGAGAUAGAGCCCGUGGUGGAAAAUCCGGUGGUGGAAGAUCCAGUGGUGGAAGAUCCUGUAGUGGAAGAGCCCGUACUGGAGAUAGAGUCCGUUGUGGAAGAGUCUGCACUAGAGAUAGAUCCCGUGGCGGAAGAUCCUAUACUAGAGAUAGCUCCCGUAGUUGAAGAUCCCGUGGCGGAAGAAUCCGUGCUAGAGAUAGAGUCUGUGGCAGAAGAGCCUAUGCUAGAAAUAGAGCCCGUGGUGGAAGAUCCUAUACUAGAGAUAGCUCCCGUAGUUGAAGAUCCCGUGGCGGAAGAAUCCGUGCUAGAGAUAGAGUCUGUGGCAGAAGAGCCUAUGCUAGAAAUAGAGCCCGUGGUGGAAGAUCCUAUACUAGAGAUAGCUCCCGUAGUUGAAGAUCCCGUGGCGGAAGAAUCCGUGCUAGAGAUAGAGUCUGUGGUAGAAGAGCCUAUGCUAGAGAUAGAUCCCGUGGCGGAAGAUCCUAUACUAGAGAUAGCUCCCGUAGUUGAAGAUCCCGUGGCGGAAGAAUCCGUGCUAGAGAUAGAGUCUGUGGCAGAAGAGCCUAUGCUAGAAAUAGAGCCCGUGGUGGAAGAUCCCGUGGUGGAAGAAUCCGUGCUAGAGAUAGAGUCUGUGGUAGAAGAGCCUAUGCUAGAGAUAGAGCCCGUGGUGGAAAAUCCGGUGGUGGAAGAUCCAGUGGUGGAAGAUCCUGUAGUGGAAGAGCCCGUACUGGAGAUAGAGUCCGUUGUGGAAGAGUCUGCACUAGAGAUAGAUCCCGUAGUUGAAGAGCCCGUGGUGGAAAAUCCGGUGGUGGAAGAUCCAGUGGUGGAAGAUCCAGUGGUGGAAGAUCCAGUGGUGGAAGAUCCCGUGGUGGAAGAGCCCGUAAUAGAGAUAGAGCCUGUGGUAGAAGAGCCUAUGCUAGAGAUAGAGCCCGUGUUGGAAAAUCCCGUGGUGGAAGAAUCCGUGCUAGAGAUAGAGUUCGUCCUAGAGAUAGAAGCUGUAGUAGAAAGAGGGCCAGUGCUAGAGAUAAAGGUUGUGGUGUUGGAGAAAGGAGCUAUGGUGGAAAUAGAGCCCGUGUUUGUGCGGCCCGACGUAGAACUGCUGGUGGUUGAUGCUGGUUGA